AUGCACCGGGACGAAAGCGUCCGACUCCCGGUGAACGCCAGCGCCACUUGGGGGCGGCAGUCCUGUCGGGAUCCGCAUUCAUUACCCACCGGAGGCAUGGAGGGUUAUUGUCAGCAGCCUUUUCAAAUCAUCCACUUGGACCAGAAAACCUACGCCACUAUACCCGACACAGCCUCAUGGCGCGGGGGAGGCUCCGGUAUGUUUGACCUUCGGUCAUGUAUUCUCCUCCCAACAUGCGUUCUGUUUUGUUUAGGUUCGGAGCUCAGUCUCUUGACAUUUCUACAUCAGACUGCAUUAGUAAAAAAGCAUUGUAUCGUGAUGUUGACGUAAAAAUUAUUCCGGGCAAAACAGCACUUGUAGCAAGGUCGUCCUUUUGCACCAGCCAGCAUAUAUGCGCAGUAGUUUUUUUUAAAGAAAGACAGCUGUGGAAACACAGUACGUAAUUUUGCCAACUUUGAACACUUUUCCGGGGUUUAACUGCCUUUCCCUAGCCAAAUUUUGCGCAACAAGGAGCUUCACCACCGGAAAAGAAAGUAAUGCGAAAAACAGCGGAGCACCGUCCAGGUUAUUCACACAUCUGUUGCACGAAUGUGAUUGUUGUGAGUCAUUUUUUGUGGCUGGAGACUUCCACCAGGAAAACGACUGUAACUGACCGACAAAACACAUUUUCCAAACGCCCUAUCCUUCCAAUGUCUUUCGCGUUCAUGGCGAACGUCCCUCGGCACUGAUCGUACAGUCCGAGAGAUUUCGCUGACUGACGUGCACGAUAGCCAAGGCGAUGCGACAGUUCGGCCGUCAAUUCCGACGAUGUCCACCGUGUGAUACACAGCAAGGUGAAGCAGACGCGGUGGCUCGCGCGUGAAUUAGCUCAUAGUAGUAGAAGUCAGCAGCAUAUACCGCACUCUAACUUCCCCACUCCCCACCUGGACUCGGUGUCAACACAGAGUCAAGAAGACCGGAGGCGGGGUUGGAAGCAAGUGGCCGACACGGCUGGACACGCACCUUGGCGUGCCACCACACCCCCUGGUCCGGAAUAUACAGCUGACCAGGAUUUUUCACCAACAACAACAGCACCCCAACAGGGGUCAGAAGGACGAGGAUGAUGACUGGGCAGCCAUGUCCAUCACCCGUAUAGCCAGCAGGAGCGCAAGCGCAUCUACCGGAAGGAAAAUGCCAGCGCAUACCAGGCUGCGAGGGCCAUGGUUUGCUGAUACUGGCCUAGCACACGCUUUCAGACCUUUUGACCCAAGGCACUGCACGACGAAAUGCACGCACAGGGCUCCGGAGGUCUCCCCCACAAAUUUAUAAAGGUAGCGCAGCACCCAGAUGUCCAUGUAGCGGCACAACAGUGAGAAUAUGCGUAGUUUGUGAGCUACAGUUAUUAAGUCAAAUCCCAUAAUGGAAGGAGAAGACGGAGGGCACCAGAAUGAGGGAUUUAUUGUGCACAGAACCCAGAAUUGUCCUCUCAGGCGGCAGUGGCCACUGACGAAGCCACGGCUGGUGUUGAUUGCGUCCAGUCAUGCCUGAGAGUCUCUGGGACAGUGGUGGCAGCCACUUUUGUAGCCACUGUGAGGCUCGGAAGAACCUCUUGCAUGUUCCGUUUCUACCGUGGGCCAGGACUGAUUAACCGUAUGCAGGUCUCUGCGCCCCCACCUCCUCACCUCCCCCUCCCUUGUGACACGGCUCAACCUAACCCUCACUGUCGCUGACUUCCUCCUCCCCCCCUCCCCCCACUCCGUUCACAUACCCCGUUUGUAUGAAUGGACGAACCGUAAUCACUCGCAUGCUCAGUUUGUACUUCGUUUCCAAUAUGAAUGCACAGGUCUGAUGAGAAUUUGUCGAAAACACGCGCAAGCUCGCCAAAUACUCUUCUCAAAAAAGAUAUGUUAAUUUUCGAACGGGCCCCCCGAAUGCUCUCUUCAGCUGCCGGUGUUUCACAUGUCUUUUUAGUCGAUAUUAUCAUACAACGACAUUUUAAAACGGCCAGGCAAUUUGACGGUCGAAUACUAGAUGACGUUGCCCAUCCCUUACAUUCUGAACUAAUCUCCGCAAGGUCCUCCCGCCCCAUGAGCCGUGGCUUUCGACAUAUCUCUUGCCGUACAUCGGGAUAUCAGCAUUCUGUUUAAUUUCCGAGGAAAUUAAUGUGCGAAGUUGGAUUUAAUCCUCAGGAACAGACCUUUUCAGGCACGGACCAAAAUUUGACACGAAUAUUUGAGCUGAAAUCCACCAGAAAACACGCGGGAAAGGCUGGGGGACCCACUGAUGAGGCGAACUCCUCGCAGCUGCGUCAGGCAGCGAAACACGCGCGUCUGGUCUUCUGGCUUCUACCUGAGUUGUCAGUAAGGUAAAUAAUUACGCCAUUUUGAAUCUAUACCUUCAAAAUAGAGGGAAUUUCUCUCUCUCUCUCUCUCCUCUCAAGUAGCUGGGGUCUCAGAUAAGCGCGAGUGCUAUGCAGGUCACCUCAAGAGGGAGGCAUAGCAACUAGAAUAUGAAACCCGUGAAAGACUGAAUUACCCAGCCAGGCUGUGGCCACGACUCCCAACGCGAUUAGGGGACCAGUAUGUCUGUGGAACGCACACAUCUGUCUUCGGCCUCGCUGGGCACUCCGGCUGCGUCUAUCUCCAGUUCCCUCGUUAAGAUAAUACGGAGGAAGAGAGCGUAGAUGUUGCGCAGGUCCGCAUUAUUAUGAUUUAAUUCUCCUGAAAUCAUCACCGUUCCCGCUCUGAGUCAGUUAUGAUCCUCAUCGCUUGCGACGGUAGAACUGACAUAAAUGAGGUGUACGCGGAGGUAAAUAUUGGAACCUUGGCGUAGUUACCGAAAAUUAGUCGAGAGGGCACAGAAACGAUCCAACCGUAGGUCAGUGAGACCACUUUUUUUCAAAUGAACUGCCGGUGGUCGGAGUGAAAACGUGUAAGCGGUGAUGUCUGAUGUCCGGAAGGUGCAAAAUAUGGAUCUGACGAGCUGUUUACAUGAGUAGCCGCGUUAACUGUCGUCAACGAAUGCAUUCCAAAAGAAGGACGUAUUUCAGAGAUGUUUUGGCAGAUCUUAAAUAACUCAUAUUGACCCAAUUGUGAAAAACUCGGCGCCUCGGUGGGAUUCGAACUCACGCAGUAAGCGGAAGGCUUUAGUACAGCCAACGCUCUAACCACUUGAGGUACGAGGCCCCGCCGGACGACGCGAGUUUAAUCACAUUUGGGUCAAGUUUACCCGCCCCUGGUGCUCUCACGUAUGUGACAUUUAUGCCGCCCACCCCUGGUGUGUGACAUCCCAGUGCUUGUGUUUGGGGGGACCGGGUCGCGCACGUGGCGCGUGUAGAUGAGGUCAUUCCCCGCGUCAAACAACCGGCCCAGGCAGUAACUGGGACCUGGGAAUAGGAAUAAAGAGCGAGGUCGAUGACUCGACACACCUUCCUCACUGUAAACCAUCUGAGGCGCUUGAAGCUAUCACGGUGCGCUAAAAGCCGUGGCUUGGAAGGUUGCCAACUGACGGGAUAACUCGGACUUCGUAGUCGGCCAAGUGUUGGGUGUUUGUGAGGAGCGGCCGAUUGGUGGUCUGAGAGUCAGACCGCAAUGGCUCCUUCCUAAUGUGGCCCUUAUGGCAGUCCAACCUAGUGGGAUCCGAGCAGGGUGUAGUGGACGCCAAGGGACAGCUUCGGCCGCACCAGCCACCUGCAUCCUCCAACCCCCGGUCUUCUUGAUCAUUUUUUGACACUGGACCCAGGUGGGGGAGGAGGAAGGGCGGCGGAUGCUGUGCAAGUCUACCAUCACCAUAAAAGAAAUCACGCACAGAUCACCGUGCCUGCUCUCAUCCUCCAGUGGAGCACACAGUGGACAUCGUCAGACACGACGGGUGAACAGUCACCCAUUCCGAAGAUGUGAUAAAUCGUUCCGGUAUAAAUUGUAGGGUAGACGUCCCAAGAAAUAUAAUUUGAAAGCAAAUACGUUCUUUGGGGAAAGUAAAAACUUCACUAGGUAAAUUUUCGACGAUGGUUCCCCAGGUCGUCAUCAGGCUUGAGCAAAUGUGCAAAAAAGGCGUGAAUUUUAUCGGAAUGACUUGGCUGGAAAGGGGUCGAUGAGAAUGCGGCUAGAAUCCGCGGAACAUCUUAUCCGAUGUAAGGGAAGUCGCUGCAUCUGGAGCCUGGAGUUCAACUGGAAGAUUUUUUGCUAGGAGCAUGGCCAAAAGACCACCAAAACCCCAAAUGCUGAUGGCAGUAAAGAAAAGGCUUGUCAUCAGAGCUUCAUUUCAAGGGAACGCACUAGACGAACUUUAAAGGAAGCAUCUAAGUCAAACGGUAUCACACACCUUUCCAGCAACAGAUGUUCAUGUACAGUUCGCCAGCCCAGACCACUCCUAUGUGUAUUUACUUCUUCAGUUGCUCCGGUGGAGCAUAAUAGAUUGUUCACGCAAGCCGGCGUUUGUUCAAAAUUAUAAGAGAACAUCUUCCAGCAUGGUUAGGAAAGUGUCCUGGCCCAAAGCCACCGAGGCAGCCGGCCACAUAUAAUUACCUUUCCCGAUGCUCACCCUCCUCCAAAUGACAUCCACUGUAGGUUUGGUUUUUUUUCUCCCUCCCACACCCUAUCUGCAGCAGGAGUUCCUACUCGCUGCAUCUUUCAAUUAUUUCAGUAGUAGUACAGUUGCACAGGCGAAAAUAGAAUUUAUCGAAAACAGACAUCUGCCCGCCAAAUUGCAUUCCGAACUUUUUCAGUGGGGAUUUUCGUGACCCUGGAUUAAAAGUGUCGAUUAGGUUGUACAGGAGAAACGGCGCCAUCAUGCUAGGUACCACGUGCCGGUAAAACAAACUCUCGCAAUCGGCAUUUGUAACGGCAGUGUGGAAGUCUGCAAAAUAGCUCUCUCGCUUGUGCCUCACGGUACGCAAUUUCAGCUGAGAGUCGCGAUAGCUAACUAAGAAAAGUAGCUUCGAAAAGUUCGACCUGGAACCUUCACUCUUUUUCGUUUUCAUCUGCAACUGGUUACCCAGACAUGAGCCGGCUUCACUAAAGCGUGCUUAAUGAGUGAAGACUCUACAGAAUGUUCACGCCGUUAACAACAAGUAUGAUACCUUUGCAUUAUCCAAAGUUAGUAGGCAGCUGUUCUCAGGAGAAAUGAAGAUAAGAAGAAGCUUGUGACCUUUACUGGAGACCUCAAUGCCGUUUUAUACGGCCAAUUUCUGCCCCGUGAAUGCACAUUGGACGACUUUGGUGAGAAAUCCAAAGCUCAACCCCGCGACUACUUAGGACACCCCUCCAUUUGCGUAAGGAGUAUCGUCUAUCCGCGUAACUGCUGCGGUGGUAAAACCUGCAGACGCCCCCCCCAUUCUCCUGGAAUCGUCUCGUGGUCUGCUGUCGUCACUGAAAGUUUCGACUCUUGUUUUUAUCGAUCGUGCUCCCGCCUCUGCGCCAAAAGCAACAAAUGGUCACUCUACAGGGGGAGGGGACGACAGGGCAGCCACAAACAGGGUGUGUGCGUGGGCGUUAGGAGGAAGCAGGGAAGGCAACGUCUGAAGCGUACUACCGGUGGAAGAGCAGGCGGCGUCUAAGGUGCGAGCCAGCAGGUGUCGUCUCAGCGAGGGCUAGCAAGACCUGUGAUUCGUGCUCGUAGGCCGUCGUAAUUGCGUGUCAAGAUCGACAUGACAGGCAGGACAGUGCCGGCACUGGCGUGCCAGGCUUCGCAGGUGUUUUGUUGGGGCCAUAGAACUUGGAAUUCCUGCAGGACGCAAAGUCCUCUCUGGAAUCGACGAUAGCGGCAGUAACUCGACUCUAGGUGCAGUGAUCCAAGCCAUUUCUGGAAUCCUGGGCUUGUUCUCAGCAAGUCCCGUGAUUGCAGUGUCGGCGGCACAUAUCGACCUUAAGAAUUUUAGCUGAGUUCCAGUAUAUAAAGAGAGCUAACAAAUCUGCCGUAUGGUCUACAAAAUUUUCACUAAAAUCUAAAAUCUGUAAACCACUUAACAAGCAAAAUCCGGCGUACCUCUCAUCACAGUUGAGUCUUAGUUAAAAUGAUGGAAAUGAUCACACACUCGCUGAGUCAUCGGACUUUCAGUUACACAUGCGAGUCAUUCAACCCUGAAGUUAGUAACAGGGCUACUAAUGACACGGCUAUGCUAUAAAAACAGUAACCCAGGUGUUGGGAGACGCUAAGUUCUUCUGCUGAGAGUUGAAUUGCGCGCCGCCGCCUACAUACAGUUCGCUCGUCCUCGAGCUGUGUGUCUGUUUGUCUGGAGAUAUUUUUUACAAUAAUCAAAUCAAUAGGUGUUUUGGCAGACUUUAAUAAUUCAUGUGGCCCACUUGUGAAGAACUCAGGGUUAGAUCGCAAUUGGUAGCCAGGAAUGGGGAAGCGGACGGCGACCUUAACCCUAACCCCGACCUUAAACGUUAAUAGUUAACCUUAACGCGAACCCUAACCCUAACCGGAAUCGUAAGCGUAACCGUAGCCCUUAGGCAUAGCCGUAACUCAAAAACCUAACCGUACGCUCAAACCCUAACUGUAACCCGAAAAUCUAACCUUUAAGGCAUAACCCUAACCCGAAAAUCGCAAAGCAUUAACCAGUACCCUAGUCCUAACUUCAGACGUAAAAUAGAAGCCAAAUGGUUCAGAUGGGAUUAGGGAACCCCACAAAACAGCCCCAGUAAACAAACCCCCCAGCCACCUGUAAUAGGGGGCCUGGCUACCAACUGCGAUCUAACCGAACUCAGCAGCCUCGUUGGGAUUCAAAUCAACAAAUGCAAGGACAAAGCCCGAGUACAGCCAACGCCCUGACCACAGCUGAAUCAGAUGAAUUAUUCAAAUAUGCUAGAAACAACCGUCAAUUAAGUGGGCCUGAUAGUCAUCCGGCGGAUUCCAGAUUGAUUAUUUGGGAAAUACCAUCGGGGCGGUCAGUUUGCUGCAUCAAGAUUGGCGGAUUCCAUACAGUACAGCAGACUGGGCAGGUAACCUGACCCAAAUGUGAUUAAACUCAUGGCUGCCAGUUGGGGCCUCGUAUCCCGAGGGGGUAGAGCACUGGCUGUACUGAAGCCUUGUCCUUGCUACCGUGGGCCCGAAUCUCACCGACAUCACGGAGUUUCUCACAAUUGGGUCAAAUGAAUGCUCAAAGCAACUUAUAAGACGACUUCUCCGCCUUCGGGAAAACGUUAGGGUAGCUGGUGAGUCAUGUACACUUACUGCGAUACGAUAAAACCGCUGAUGAACAGCAGUCUGGAACGAUAUUGAGUCAGAGGUUGAAUGCACUGAGGCAUUGCGGCGGCUAAGCGUUUGAAUGAGCUUUAAUCACUUAAAUCAUCGGACCAAGCUCCGGUCUACAGUUGAAGAAGGCAGAAGACACUCGUUCCGUACGGGACGAGUGAGUUCCGUAAGAACGAGCGGUGAGCGCCCCUCUACCAUCGUAUAUUCCCGAUCGAAACCGACAGGACAACGGGCAGUAGCCCAGUGGUUAGAGGCGUUGGACUUCUAACUAGCAGGUCAUGAGUUCGAGCACCAGGUGUUCCACUUCGGGGUUGGGUAUGACUGGCUGACGACGGCUAAUAAGGCAGAAAAGGCCAUUCCAGUCUCCCUUGUCUUUGUCGGUAAUAACAUUCUGUUUUUACGGGUUUGUGAGAAGAAGACUUCAAGGAUCUUGUGUCCCAGUUGUGCAUGCGUGUGUCUAUGUGUGUGCUGCAUUCGUAUGUUGCAUAUAUGCCCCAAACGGGCCACGUGGUAGAUGCCCUGGACCAACAUGAGGGCCGUAUCGGAUUCUGGCAGGUGUUAUCCGACUUGUUCACCAUAACAAAUGCCAACAUUUCGGGGUGCAGUGACAGACCCGGUUGCCGGCAGACGUCGCGCACAUUGGGACCCCUGCCGUCCCCCAUUGUUACUGUCGGUUAAAAACCUGGUGAUAUGCUCUGUGGACCAGGGGGUGUGGAUUGGAGCGCCAAGGUGCGGACUGGACCGUGCCAUCCACCUCCGCCCUCCCCGGCCUCCGGUCUUAUUGACUCUGCCUUGACACCGGGUCCAGGUGGGGAGGAGAAAAAGGAGGAGGAGGAGGAGGAGGAGGAGGAGGAGGAAGAGGAGGCAGAGAGGGUGCAGUAG